AUGAACCGCAGUGUGCGUCCUGAGAACGUGGAGUUCACCGUGAAGGCCGCGGAGGACCUCGUGCUGACUGGCAAAGAACGCUCGAUUGUUCGAGUGGCCGCCAACAACAUGUACUCGUGUCUGAUGCAGAAGACACAGCGCUUCUCGUCGCUCUUCCGCCACUACAGUAAGCACCACGGACUGCCUCGCGAGUCGCUCGAUUUUUUCUUCACGAACCGACUGGACCCCGAGGACUCGCCCGAGUCGGUGCAUCUACAAAAGAACGAUAUUAUCCUGGUGCGACGUCGAGUGGCGCCUACGACACUGACACUGCCGAGUCACAGUGAUGAGACCUACUUUGCCACAAUGAGGGAGCUCUUCCUGAGUGGCAUUGGCAGUGACAUAACACUGGAGGUCGGAGUGGACAGAGAGGUUCUGCGGGCUCAUCGGCUGAUCCUCACGACAAGAUGCGAGAUCUUUGAAGCCAUGUUCCGACCUGGAGCCAUGAAGGAGAGCUGGGACGGUGUAGUCCGUAUUGCGGACCAUUCGCCCGAGAUGGUGUCAAAGAUGCUCGAGUUUAUCUACACGAACCGCGUGCUUGAUCUGGCCAAGCUCAACUCCAACCAACUGAUCGACCUGCUGACACUAUCGGAGCAGUAUUUGCUACUGCCACUGAAACAUCUCUGCGAAGUCGCAGCACAGGAAGUUCUAUCCGUCGGUAAUGUCGGGCGAUUCCUCUGCGCAGCGGAGAAGUUCAAUGCUGCGUACUUAAAGGAGUACUGCCUGGCCUUCUUCAUGGAUCACACAAGCGAGAUCAUCGACGACGAGAACUUCCGCGAAGAGAUUGAGAGCUGCCCGUCCAUGGCUCUUGCUAUUGUACGCGCAACGACUCGCAACUCUGGGUCUUCAUUAGAGCCCGCGCAGAAACGGAGACGACUCAACAUGCCAUUCGACGAGACGGAAUAUUUGCCCCCGAGCACCUGA